UCUCUGUUUUCCCAGUGUCCCAAGUGCAAUAUCUGUAUUGAAAAGAAUGGAGGCUGCAAUCACAUGCAAUGCUCCAAAUGCAAGCAUGACUUCUGCUGGAUGUGUCUGGGAGACUGGAAGACUCACGGCAGCGAGUACUACGAAUGCAGUCGGUACAAAGAGAAUCCUGAUAUUGUAAACCAGAGUCAGCAAGCACAGGCCAGGGAGGCCCUUAAGAAGUACUUGUUCUAUUUUGAGAGGUGGGAGAAUCACAAUAAAAGCUUGCAAUUGGAGGCACAGACGUACCAACGAAUCCAGGAGAAAAUCCAAGAAAGAGUUAUGAACAAUUUGGGAACAUGGAUAGACUGGCAAUACCUACAAAAUGCUGCAAAGCUACUUGCAAAGUGUCGUUACACACUGCAGUACACAUAUCCAUAUGCCUACUACAUGGAGUCUGGUCCCAGAAAGAAACUGUUUGAAUACCAGCAAGCCCAGCUGGAAGCCGAAAUUGAAAAUCUCUCGUGGAAGGUGGAACGAGCAGACAGCUAUGACAGAGGGGACUUAGAGAAUCAGAUGCACAUAGCAGAGCAGAGACGGAGGACGCUGCUGAAAGACUUCCAUGAUACAUAAGACGGGAGGAAGUGACAGUGCAGGGGUGAGAGCAGCGAGUGAAGUGAUGGCAGCUUCACCGUGAUAAGCAGGCACUGCCUCUGGGAGAACAUGGCCAAGGACAAAGCCACCCCUCCCCUUGCAAGUCAGACACAUGCAAACACCACAUCUUAGUCCAGUUUGUUCUCUUAUCUUUCUGUUUCUGUUUCUGCCAGGCUAGAGGCCAGAGUUCAGAUUGGCAUAUUUCCUGGGACAUUUUCCCUCCUGCCCUUGAUGGUUUCAGAAGGGAAGGGAGGUUUUCUCUGAAUGGCUGUUAAUAGUAUUAGAUUAU